AUGGUUAAGCUCUCAAUUGUAUCAUCCACGAUGCAAUCGUUGCUCGCCCCGCUACUCCGUGUUUGGACAGACCCCGAGCGUCGUCGGAAGUUCUUGCGUUGGCUUUUCGGUGGCACCAGUGGAGCGAUCGCUCUCCUGUUGAUCCUGGAGGCGACGCGGGGCUUCUGUCGCACACCGUUGGAGACGGCUCAGCUAUUGGCGGGCAUUUCCUGGACGCUCUGCAAGAUCACGGUACAGUUUGUCGCGCGGGGUUUCAAGCCAAAGUUCGCCAAGUGGACGUUGCGCUACGAGCUUCUACACGGACUCAUGCGCACUGCCGCAACCAUGUUUGGCGAGCGUAUUGUUGACUUGCAACACGCGCGAGUCAUUCGGCAUCAUACUGGUAUGUUCGGGACAGUCCUUGGCUCGUUCGCACGCUGGCAAAACGAGAUGAGGCUCGAAAGCGUGCGACUCAAUGGACUGGAGCACAUCUGGCUAAAGUCAUCUACAUGUACCACAGAGACCAAAAGUGAGAGGAAAAGACUGGUGGUGCUCUUCUUCCAUGGAGGAGGCUACGCUGUGUUAAGUCCGAGGAUGUAUAUCUCGUUCUGCAGCGCAGUAGCAGGCGCCAUCAGACAGCAGUUGGCGUCGGAUGACGUGGACGUUGAUGUGUUCCUCGCAAACUACCGUAAACUACCGGAACACAAGUUCCCCGUGCCGGCAGAAGAUGCUGUAGCCAUGUACGAGUACUUGUUACAGCACGAGAAACUGGAGCCGUCGCAGAUAAUACUGGCGGGCGAUAGUGCUGGAGGAGGCUUAGUCAUGUCAACUCUACUACGAGUUCGCGAUGGACUGUCGAGUUGGAAGUCGAAGCUGCCUUUACCACUAGCAGCAAUUGUCAUGUGCCCUCUGGCUGAUCUCACGUGGGAUGAGGAUGAAAUCGCAGGGCAACACUGCGUCCUCCCACUCAACAUGACGGCUGCAAGUGUGCUGACAUACCAUCCGACACGCGACGACCCGAGUACGUGGGCGGAUGCUUCACCGGUGCAUUGCAACCUGCAAGGCCUCCCUCCCGUGUUCCUUCAAUCCGCCACGCUGGAUCGACUGUUUCAACAUUCCGUGCGGCUUGCGGCGAAAGCCAAAGCUGACGGUCUUGUCAAUUGGGAGGUGGAUAUUCACGAAGGUGUGCCGCACGUUUUCAUGGUCAUCCCAGCUUACGUGUUGCCGUACGCUCGCGUCGGGGUUGGGCGGAUGGCAGCAUUUGCAGCCAAACAGUUUAGAAACGGUAUUGCAGUGGACCACAAGGGUGUCAUCUGUAACGGGAAAGCUCCAAUCGAAAUUGCUGUCGACGAGAACACUCUCUCAGCAGCAGCCUAG